ACCUCAGAGGAAGAAGACUAGUCUCACCGUGCUCUAUGUUGUUUUGUUGUGAUGCUAGUUUAAUACAAACGGUUAGAAAUGUUGUUUCUGUAAGAUAAAAAAAAAAUACUGUUUUUGAAUCAGGCCAGUAAAUACCUUUAAUUUUCUCGUCCUCACAGUUGUGACUAAGUUUUGAAGCAAGCAGGAAUAUCUGGAGGAGUAUCAUCUGAACUGAGAUCUGCUGCUGUGAAGAUGAUGUUUGUUAAAGAGGAGAUAGAAGAGGACACGAGUGAACCAGAAACCUGGAGAAUAAAACACGAGGAACCCGAAACCUGGAGAAUAAAACACGAGGAACCAGAAACCUGGAGAAUAAAACACGAGGAACCAGAAACCUGGAGAAUAAAACACGAGGAACCAGGAACCCAGAGUAUAAAACACGAGGAACAAGGAGAGAUGAUAGAAGAAAACGAGGAGGAAGAAGAACUGAGUGAAGUUGAGGAGAAAAAUCAUAUCAAAACUGGAGAAAAACCCUUGAGUUGCUCUCAAACCAAACUGAAAAAUUUAAAGAAAAUAAGAGCCAAUAAAUCUUUCACCUGCACUCAGUGUGGAAUGAGUUUGACGAGCAAAUAUCAUUUUGAUGUUCACAUGAGAAUUCAUACUGGAGAGAAAUCGCACACAUGUGAUCAAUGCGGGAAGAGUUUCUCACAAUCAUCACACCUCAAAGAUCACAUAAACAUCCACACUGGAGCGAAACCUUACAAGUGUACACAAUGUGACAAGAGAUUCAAUCGGUCAGGACACCUUAAAAGACAUGAGACGAUCCACACUGGAGAGAAACCACACACGUGUGAUCAGUGCGGGAAGAGAUUCACAAUAAAAGGACACCUUACAUUGCACAUGAGAGUUCAUACUGGAGAGAAACCAUUCACUUGUGAUCAGUGCGGGAACAGUUUCACACAAUCAUCACACCUUAAGAUACACAUGAAUACCCACAUUAGAGAGAAACUGUACACAUGUGAUCAAUGCAGUAAAAUGUAUUUGAGGGCUUCAGACCUGAAGGAGCACAUGAAAGUUCAUACAAAGGAUAAGCCACAUUCAUGUAAUUUGUGUGGAAAGAGUUUUUCAUUUCUACAAAGUCUGAAAGAACAUCAUGAAAUACAUACUAGACUAGAGUACAUAUGCUUUGAGUGUGAAAAGAUUUUUACUUCAGCGAGCAGUUUAAAACAGCACGAGAGGAUUCACUCUGGAGAAAAACCUCACAAGUGUUCACACUGCGACAAGAGAUUCAGUCUGUCAUCAAGUCUGAAAACACACGAGAGGAUCCACACUGGAGAGAAACCUUAUCACUGCACUGCAUGUGGGAAGUGUUUCAAUCAUUCAUCUGCUCUACACAGACAUACAAAAACCAAUCACAGCAAGUAGAUCUGAUGCUGCCUUCUCAUCAAAUGUGACACAAUAAUGAAUCAAGCAAUAAAAUAUCAUCUGGAUAAAUCAAGUCAUUACAUGCAACAUAACAAAGAAACAUUAUCUAAAGUUUUCACAGUGAAUGAAAUUCCUCUUCAUCGCACCUUCAUUUGGUACGGACCAAAGUGUUCCUGUGGCUCAGUGGUAGAGCAUUGUGGUGGUAGAGCAUUGUGUUGGCAGCGCAAAAGGUUGUGGGUUAAAUUCCCAGAGUACACACAUACUGGUAAAAAAAAAACAAAAAAACAACUGCAAAGCCUGCAUGCACUGUAAGUUGCUUUGGAUAAAAGCGUCUGCUAAAUGCAUAAAUGUAAAAGUCAAAACCAGCAGAUUCAAAGAUGGAGUUUCUCUACAAAGAACAAUGUCACAAAGUUUUAUUCUUGUAUAUGUAAUUUUGCUUUCUUAUAUAUAUAUAUUAUUUUUAUACUGUCAUGUAGUUUGCAACUGAUGGUUAUUUGCUUCUCUUGUAAGAAGGGAUGGGUGUCUGAACCUGAUAUUAAACAAGGCUUAAAUCUGAUGUGUCUUGAGGACUUUAUGGCUGCUGUGUGCAUGUGUCUGUUAAGUCCACUUGACUGUAGUAAUACAUUAUUAUAAGUUUACACCACUGAUAUAUAACAGAACUGGAUUGCUCAUGGUAUCAUUGAAGUGAAGCCACCGCGCCGUCAUAUUGCUAUUCCCUAGUGCUCCCCUAUAUUCUGUUGAAUUAACAGUAAAUCGUACAAUAGAAAAGCAGGAGCCCGAUCAGAGCCAGUGCCAGAGCAGCACUGAUGAGGGGGCAGCUGAUGUUAAAAGGGGGCGUUGACGUAGCACAAAGUAUCCCACCUAAAAAAGCAUCAUGUGGCCCAUUCACAUAUUUAUCGGACCGUAAAGAAACAUGCCUAACAUUUUACACAGCCUAUUAAUACUUAUUGAUCAGGAUACAACAAACUGCAUAAUCAUAUCGCAUCUGCCAUAUACAGUAGGUAGGCUUGACAUAGCCUAAUUUCUUAUUUUUGCACUUUCUUAAAAUCAAAACAAAAUGUUAAAAUAAUAUUUUAGUUAAAAUAUUAAUCGCAUCCCAAAGUCUUUUAAAUCCAUGCACAUAGGCUACAUACAAAAGGAAUAAAUACACAAAAUAUAUUUUAUUUAGGGGCCUAAUGGACAGAUUAACCAAACAAAAGAAAAAGCUGUUCUAUGGUUAAACAGUUCAAAUAAUCACGCUGACGCACAAAGUGGCUAUCAUUUAUUCUUCAAAAAUAACCAAACCCAUUAAGUUAAAUUUGAGAGCCAGUGUUUAUUAUUUUUAGUGUUUUAAUAAAACUAACAAGUUUAUAAAAUAAAAGCAAUUUUAAUAAUGAGCAAUUUUAAAAACCCAGAAGCAGAAACGAUGUCAACUAUUUUCUUUUAAUAAGUAGUUUGGCCAUUACAAUAUACAGUAGUUUUAUUCACAAUCUCUUUCAAAUAAUGAUAAAUAAAUUAAAAAAUAAAAUCCCCCCACUGUAAUAAAUCAAAUGAUUUGGCCAAAACAGCAUAGUGUUUCAUUCAACAUUUCUUUCAGAUUAAUUUACAAAAAAGCUAAGUAACACAGAGUUAAAGUUUUAGCACUGUAACAGUUCAAAUGAAAACACCACAGUUUAAAAAUAAAAUAUGGAACCAUUACAUUGUGCUCUGCUAACAUAUUAAAGAACAGUCUUUAGUUUAGAAACAAUAAAACCAGUAGCAGAAAGAGAGGAAGACAGUCGAAAAAGAAAGAAGGCAGACCUCAACUAAAACAGCUGGAUUCUUCUGUUUCGGUGGUGACUGGCAAACCGUCUAACAAAAUCAUCUAAAUCAAGACAUUUGGCUCUCCUCACCUCAAUGCUUAAGACUCCAAGAUUACUGAGUCUGUCAUCAGUCAUGGUGGUGCGUAAAUGUGUUUUUAUGAGCUUAAGUGCAGAGAAGCUGUGCUCACAACUUGCGCUGCUGACUGGUUAUGCCACAGCUAUGCAGCACAAACGAAAAAGCUGAUAAAACACUUCUUUGAAUGGCUCAAGGAAGAUGGUAAACUCUAGGAGACUAGACAAUUCAAUUCCAGUCUGGCAUUUCCUUUCUAACACCCUCCUCACUUGAUGCAGUUCCUAGCAAAGCUAAAAAUGGUCUCUUCAUCCAGAAAGUUUCUGCUUUUAGGGUUCAGUGCUUGUAUACCUUGCAUUAUACUGCAGUUUGACUUACUGAAACGCCUCUGCAUCUCCCCACACAGACAGUCCAGAAUGGGGAAGAAUAUACCACUUCUGAACAGUACCAUGUCUCCUUCCUUACACCUCCGCUGUCCAACAGUGGAUUCAAAAAUUGACCGGCUCAAUCUAGAACUAAUUUUUUGUGGUCUUUUCACCACAGUUUCUACUGCAACGUUGCACUGCUUUCCAGUGUCUACAGUGUCUUUCCAGAUUUCAUUAAAAGAUGAAUCACUUCUUUGGUCUUGGAGGGUGUCUUGAAAUGCUUCAACUAAGU